CUUCUCCGGAGAGAAAAAACCCUAAAAAUUUAGCAUCUAUGUCAAUCAGAGCCAUGGGAGAAAACAAUCACAAAGACCAAAAACAACUUUCUUAUGACAAAUCUAAUAAACCCUUUUUUCCUUCUUCUUCAUCUCCAUGCUCGUUCACGGCGAUCGUCGUCCUCUUGAUCUUCGUCUCAUAUCUCUUAUACUCAUUCAGUUUCAUCUCUUUUCUAAACCCAUAUUCUCCUUCUAAAAUCCCCAAUUCUCUCCUCGUACCCGUUAUCCGUCUCGGGUCGGGUCAAAAACCUGAGGAACAAACAGAGCUCAAACACAUAGUCUUCGGCAUCGCGGCGUCCUCAGAUCUGUGGAAGCAUCGCAGAGAAUACGUGAAAACAUGGUGGAAACCUAACGGAGUAAUGAACGGCGCCGUUUGGCUCGACAAACCCGUCAAUGACACCGUUUCCUCUUCAUCAGCCUUGCCUCAGAUCAGAAUCUCCUCCGACACGUCAAGUUUCAAGUACCGUUACCGUAACGGUCACAGAUCAGCGAUCAGGAUCACGAGAAUCGUGUCGGAGACGGUGAGGAUGUUAAACGGAACGGAAGCGGAGAGAAACGUGAGGUGGGUUGUGAUGGGUGACGACGACACUGUGUUUUUCACGGAGAAUCUUGUUAGGGUUUUGAGAAAAUACGAUCAUAAACAGUUUUAUUACAUCGGAGCUCCGUCGGAGAGUCAUUUGCAGAAUCUUCAUCAGUUUUCUUACGGAAUGGCGUACGGAGGAGGAGGGUUUGCUAUAAGUUAUCCGUUAGCCAAGGUUUUGGAGAAGAUGCAAGAUCGUUGCAUCGAGAGAUACUCCGAUUUGUACGGAUCCGAUGAUCGGAUUCAUGCUUGUAUGGCUGAGCUUGGUGUUCCUCUCACUAAAGAAGUUGGCUUCCAUCAGUUUGAUGUAUACGGGAAUCUCUUAGGGCUAUUAUCAGUCCAUCCACAAGCGCCAAUAGUGUCAAUCCAUCACCUAGACGUAGUGGAGCCUAUAUUCCCAAAAACAAACCGAGUCAACGCAUUAAAGAAACUAAUGAUCCCAGCAAAACUUGAUUCAGCGAGUCUUGUCCAACAAUCGGUAUGCUAUGAUAAAAGUCGUCAGUGGACAAUGUCGAUCUCGUGGGGAUACACAGUUCAAAUCACACGUACGUAUAUGCCAGCAAGAUUUAUGGAGAUGCCCACUCGUACUUUUAAUGAUUGGCACAAACGUCGCGAUUUCACUAAUCUUGCUUUCAACACACGUCCCAUAACAUGGACGGAUUGUCAGCGUCCGCGUGUGUUUUAUCUCUCUCAUGCGUUUAGCAAUUCUUCUUCUACUUCUGAUACAACGACGAUUACCGAAUAUUUGAGGCACAACGAAUGGUAUCCUAAAUGUGAUUGGGGAAUCGCAGAUCCUUCCGACAUCAAUCAGAUAUUUGUCUACAAAAAGCCUACUCCGGAUAGGUGGAACAAGGCUCCACGGAGAGAUUGUUGUAAAUUAGUGCCAACAACGACGAAGGGGACAAUGGUGAUCAAUGUGGCAGCUUGUGCAAAUGACGAAAUUGUUGCUUAUUCUGAUAAAUAGUUUGUUGUUUGUUGUUAACUUUACAAAGAGGACUUGCUUUUUGAAAAGAAAAUCUGAACAAGAAGAAUCUGUUUGUUUAAUGUAGUGACAUUUAUAUACUUAGGGAAAAAUAAUAUACAUCUUUUUGGGCC